AUCGCACGAGAACUUGGUUCCCGCAGCGAACCUCUUUCCACAACUACCUUCCACCCUCGCAACCCUGCAGCCCGGCGAUUGCGAAAGCCCGCCCAAGUAGCCCUCAGCAAUCACUAGACGGUGCCCUCGUGGCAUCCCUCCCCCUCUCGUCCCCACCACCCAGAUUCAGCUCUGCUUACUCGACGCCACCUCGCCGCGCGCCUGCUUCCACACACCGCCUCGCAGUCGAGAGCUGACACUAGCAGAAGAUCAGCUGUCUUGAGCAACCAGUUUCUCUCGCCAUCGCGUCUCCUCCCUGUGUCGCCAUCUCCUCCCCGUGUCGCCAUCUCCUCCCCGUGUCGCCAUCUCCUCCCCGUGUCGCCAUCUCCUCCCCGUGUCGCCAUCUCCUCCCCGUGUCGCCAUCUCCUCCCUGUGUCGCCAUCUCCUCCCUGUGUCGCCAUCUCCUCCCCGUGUCGGGAUCUCCUCCCUGUGUCGCCAGCUCCUCCCCGUGUCGCCAUCUCCUUGUGCGUUCUGUUUCCCGCUUCCUCACUCCUCUCCUCCUACCCCUCCUGGCGCGUGGGGGACGAGCGCCAGGCUCGUUCCCCCCAGCGCCAGGCUCGGCACCCCCAGCGCCAGGCUCGUCCCCCCCAGCGCCAGGCUCGUCCCCCCCAGCGCCAGGCUCGUCACCCGCAGCGCCAGGCUCGUCACUCCCACCUGCACCAUGCCAGCCGCAUCCGCCGCUCCUCCCCUGCCCCCGCCCUUCUUCCCUGCCUAUUCUUCCGCCCUGCCCCCUCAACCCCUCCCAGACCACCCCUUCCCUUUCCAACCCCUCCCUGACGUUCCCCCCUCCGCCCCUGGCUCCCCCAGCCCCUUCCUCGCUCCCCUCUACCUCCCCUCCGAUCUCCCCCUCCCCUCCCCCUUUCUGUCUUCCCCCAUCUCCCCCCAACUCACUCCUGACGCCCCCACCCCCCCUGCUUCCGCGAUCCCCCUCCCCCUGCCCUCUCCCGGCUCCGCUCCGCCUAUGGGGGGUGUUGGGGGAGCAGCAGCGGGGGGGAGGUCGGGGAUGGCUCAAGCAGGGACGGCCGGGCUUAUACCCAUCCCUGUAAUGGUGCCUGCUGGCAUGUCACCAUUGGCUGUGGCUCCCCAGCCAAUGUAUAUGCCUUCCCCCCAGCAGCAGCAGGCACUUUUGCGGCAGAAAGGGCGCGCAGGGCGAGGGGAUGGGGGGAUGCACGGGGGAAAGCAAGGGGAGGGUGGUCGUGGUCCUGGGAACGUUGGGGGCAGGCAAGGGCAAGGUGAGGGGCAAGGAGCAGGGGUUGCAGGGCAAGGGCGGGGACAGAACCAGAACCAGAACCGGAGCUAUAAUCAUCACCACCAUCAUCAUCAUCAUCAGCAGCAGCAGCAGCAGCAGCAGCAGCAGCUUUGGGCUCACAUGCCGAGAUCAGGGCACCAGCGGCGGCAGAAGCAGCCGCGGCAGGACAGGCAGAGUCACGGACAGGGGGACAGUUGGGAUCACCACCCACAGCCCAUGCCGCUUCACCAGCAACACCAGCAGCAGCAGCAGCAGCAGCAGCAGCAGCAGCAGCACCAGCACCAGCAGAAGCAGCAACAGCAGCAGCAGCAGCAGUGUCGCGUGAACCUCUAUAAUCGGGUUACAGAGUUUCAAGGGACAGCGCGAGAGGUUAUAAGGGAAGCAAAAAGGUUGUAUAUAUACUGUACAUAGGUUAUGUCAAUUGUGCAUGGUAUACAGUGAUGGGCGAGUCGGGGGCGGAAUUAUGGUGAGGUCAGUUGAGCAGCUGGCGGAUUGGCGCGGACACUUCAGGAGAAGGGAUGGCUAGGCUGGAGAGGGGCAUGCAGCACGCAUGGAAGGGAGGGUUGGCAGGAAUCACGGGGCUGCCACCGGAGGAGAAAACCUCGCAAUGGCGCGCCACGCGCGGCGGAUUCAGCUGGGAGAGCAUCCGCUAGGAAGAGUAGCACAAAGCCGUAGCAUUCUCACCUUUGUAGCUACUCUGUUUGUUCUCUCAUCAUAGGGGAAAAGCCUGUAUGCUUGUUUCCUAGU